UAAAAUUGAAAUACUCCAGGCUAGUGUCUGCUUUGUAACUAAUUGCCUGAUUGCGACAAUAGGUUCAGUCCAUGUAACAGAGUUGUCGUCUAAAAAUGAAAUGGCCUGUGUCACUAAUAUACAAAAACCUAAAGAAAAUGUUCCACUGAAUUGAAACAUGCUCAAAAUUGGCCUACCGAUUCUGGGAAAAUCUUCCUAAAUUUCGUCUCAGAUUCAUCAAUUCUAGAUCUCUCAGCAUCUUUUCCUCAUCCAUUAAUGACUUUCCCUGUUUAUGUUCUUGUUAUUGCGGCGACGCUCACAGCUGCAGCUCUGUUCUCCAGCUGUUUUGCGGAGAGCCGGAAGGAAUUGAGGGAUAAGGAGAUCAAUGAAGAAACUAUUAUACAAUUGGGUAGAUCGGUUCGACCCAACAAAGUUAACCCAUCGCAAGUUGUCCAACUCUCUUGGCGACCAAGGGUUUUCUUAUAUGAAGGCUUUUUGACAGAAGAGGAAUGUGAUCAUCUUAUUUCUUUGGCACAAGGUACAAAAGAAACAUUUGUGGAAAAAGAUGAUGAUUCAGCAAAAACUGUGGAGAAAGGGCAACUUGCAAGCUCACAAUCUCUUUUAAACAUGGAUGAUACUCUAAUGGCAAGGAUUGAGGAGAGAAUUUCAGCAUGGACAUUCCUUCCUAAAGAGAAUGGAAAGCCUCUGGAGGUGAUGCAUUAUGGGGUUGAAAAUUCAAAACAGACUUUUGAUUAUUUUGGUAACAGAACAUUGAUUUUGAACCAGCCUUUGAUGGCAACUCUUGUUUUAUAUCUCUCAAAUGUCAGUCAGGGUGGCAACAUUUUCUUUCCCAAGUCAGAGGUAAAGGACAAAAUUUGGUCUGAUUGUUCAAAGGGCAGCAACAUUCUAAGACCCAUUAAAGGGAACGCAAUUCUGUUCUUCAAUGUGCACCUUAAUGCAUCUCCUGACGCAAGUAGCAGCCACGCUCGUUGCCCUGUCCUUGAGGAUGAAAUGUGGUGUGCCACCAAAUACUUCCAUGUAAGAGCCACUGGUGGAGGGAAAGCCCUUUCUGAAUCGGACGGCAUAGAAUGCACCGAUGAGGAUGAUAACUGUCCCAGAUGGGCUGUCAUUGGAGAAUGCCAAAGGAACCCAGUGUUUAUGAUGGGUUCUCCUGAUUACUAUGGGACAUGUAGAAAGAGCUGUAAUGCAUGUUGAAAAGGGUAGACCUGCAUAUAUUUUAAAUAUAAAUUCAGAGCCAAAUGAUUUUUUUUUUUCCUAUUAAAAAAGAUAUUUGUUCUAUAGCUGCCUGCUGAGAAUUUUGAGCAGUUAGAGAGAAGAGUUGAUUGAUAGGACUCCUCAAUUAAGUCAAUUUCUAUGUAAUGGGAAAAUGUAAAUUGCAACUUUGAUUGCUAAUUUCUAAUGGAUGAAUUUGGUUACUUUAGGAAUAA